CGCAAAUUUUGUGGCGCAAAAAUGGCUUUUUCCACCGAUUCGCAGUCGGAAAAUUCCGAACCAGAGCUGAAAACGGCAAAAGUGAAAGCCGCAGACGAACCCCAGCCGGCGGAGAAGGCCAAAUCGCAACAGUACAAGUGUGAGUUUUGUGCCGAGUGUUUCCGGCGAAAGGACACCCACGACCGGCAUCGAUUUACGCACACCGGGGUGUACGAGUACGGCUGCAGCGAGCCGGGGUGCACCAAACAGUACACCAAUCGGUCCCACCUGAAGCGACACAUCCGGGCGAACCACACGAGACCGCUGGCGGUGCUGACGCGCAGCACCGUCGAAUGUGAGGACCCAUCGUGUACGCUCAAGUUCCACACCAAACUGGCCAUGAAGCGGCACUACCAAACGAAGCACGUACUGGGCAAACCGCACGCCUGCGACCAGUGCGAGGAACGGUUUUGGCGAAAGUCCCAGCUGCGCGUCCACAAGUUCAAGCACACCGACCAGUAUCCGCACCGCUGCGAGCACUGCCACAAUGGGUUCGUGAAUCUGAAGUCGAUGCGCAACCAUCGCUGCAACUCGAACCUCCGGCCGUGUCCGGAUUGUUCCAAGGAGUUCAAGCUGUGGUCCGAGUUGGUGGCCCAUCGGAGGUUGGAGCAUCCGAAUCGAUUCCGCUGCGAGCACUGUUCCAAGGUGUUCCACACGAAGCGAUGCCUGAAGGCGCACGCCCGCAGUCACGCUGAACGGACGGACGAUGAGCAAGAGGUUUUCGAGUGUCCGCAUGCCGGGUGUCCACGGUUUUACAAGCACGAACGGAAUCUGUACGCCCACGUCCGCUCGAAGCAUGAGGGAGCCAAGAAGUUCGUUUGUGAAGAGGAAGGUUGCGGCCGGGUGUUGUCUACGAGGCAGAAGCUGGAACAUCACCUCAAGCUCCACCAGUGUGCGGCAAGAUCGGUUCAGCGGGUAGUCGAGGUGGCAGAUGAGACACCAACGCAAUCGGAGCAACCUUCCGGAGUGGUCGCUGUCGAAGAAGCGCUCACUGAAGACGUCAACAAACUAGACCCAGCGGAAGCGGAUGAAACGGAAUUCAGCAGUUCAAUGCCGAAGGCCGUGUCCGGGAUGAAGGUAAAGAAGACCACGAUGCCGAAAUUGGCCGAGCAGUUUUUCGCCGAUUCUACCUCCGAAUCGGAAUCCGAGUGUGGCAGUCACGCGGUCAGCAUACUCUCCACUAACGUCCUCACCAUUCACAAACAACUGGAGGCUCUGCGCAACGAGACAUCCCGCGUUUAAGGAUAGCAGAAUGAUACGGAUCCCUGCCCGGUUAUUGCUGGUUCAAUAGUCCCUCUUCCACUCUACGCAUUUACACGAUUGCUGGCCAAUUAUGGAGUGAGAUUUCUCGCAUUGAACUGUACAUACCAAGGAACGCUGUGUACGCUUCAAGAAUUUGUUUACGCGUUUAGUUGUAUAUUUGAACUUAAAUAAAGAACUCUACUUCGCACUAA